UAAUCUUUUACUGUCUGCAAUCUCGAGCUUCAGGUUCAGUUGUAAAGGAGUUGUCAUCGAAGAAAGUAUUUAGAUAAUGGUAUCGCCGUGUUUGAAACAGACAUGGACAGUCAUGGGGGUCUUGCUGAAUAUGUUUGGCCAAGGCAUGGUGCUGAGUUAUCCUUCUGUCAUAUUGCCAGCUCUUUUGUCUCCCCACUCCAUCAUUAAAGCGGAAUUUCACGAGGCUUCAUGGGUUGCAUCAUGUAUUGGCUUUGCGGGGAUACCUGGAUUUUUGUCGUCUUCUUUUCUUAUGGAAAUGUAUGGAAGAAAAAAAGCUCAUGUGGCAGUGUUGAUACCGGGGAUAGUCGGUUGGCUGAUAAUUUACUUUGCUACAAGUAUAUCGGUUCUGUUGUGCGGGAGAUGUUUAUGUGGAUUCGCUGCAGCAGCUACAGUAUCUCUCGGAGCCAUAAUAAUAGGAGAAUAUACCAGUCCCAAGAAUAGGGGAAUGUUUCUUAACUUGAAGACUGUAGCUGUGUGUUUGGGCAAUAUGGCCGUCCAUAUUCUUGAUCACUUUUUUAACUGGAAAACAAUAGCACUCAUAGCUGUUAUUCCCCAUAUAUUAGCACUGGUUAUAAUUUUAACAUGGCCUGAAAGUCCAUUUUGGCUUGCAUCCAAGCGACGGUUUGAAGAAAGUCAAAAAUCAUUUUAUUGGUUGAGAGGAAACAAUAAGAGAGCUAUCCUAGAAAUGGAAGACUUACUAAGAACACAAAAAGAAAAAUUGUCGCAAUAUCCUGAACAUGUGGAUAACUCUAACAUGAUUAUGGACUUUAUAAGGAAAUUUAAAGACAGAAGUUUUGUCAAACCACUCAUCAUAGUUUGUUUCGCCGGACUUUUACUGGAAUCCUGUGGAAGACACAUUUUUCCAGCAUUCGCUAUGCAAAUAAUUGGAGAAAUUACCUCGGAUAAAUCUCAAUCUUUCUACUAUACUCUGGGUAUGGAUACAAUCAUCACAGCAAGUGCUUUAUUUUCAUCAUACCUCGUGAAAAUCAUGAAAAGGAGAACACUUCUUUUGGGCAGUGGUUUCAUAGCACUAUUUGUUUUGUUUUGUGUGUGUUUGUAUAUGCUACUGUCAGCCAAAGGUAUUGUUUCGAAUGAAAGGACUUGGAUUCCUAUUUUACUAUUCACUGCGUAUUUUAUUCUGUCUAAUUUAGGAUGUACACCGAUUCCGUUGGCAUUAUUGGGUGAAAUUUUUCCUCUAGCUCAUAGAGGGGCCGGUUCUUGCGUCUCCGGUUUUAUUUUGUGCAUUUAUCUUAUGAUGGCCAUGCAAGCCUCUUCAUAUUUGUUGGUUACUGUGCAAGUAUACGGCACUUUUGCAGUUUUUGGUUUAUUAAUGGGAAUAUCGCUGAUCGCUCUUUAUGUGAUACUUCCUGAGACCAAGGACCGAACUUUGCAACAGAUCGAACACUACUUCCAAACCGGAAAAUUCAGACAUGAUAACCUUGGGAUAGAUGAAGUCAAUAUGAAAAUGCUUUCAUCAUAGAAUUACGUGUGAGUAAAAGUUUGUAAGAUGAACUAUAAUGAUAACAGACAGAACUACACGAGUUUCAACUAUUCAUUAUAAGAAAUAUUAGGACGAUUGUAAGUUGUUUUUAGUCCAACGACUUCAUGGUUCGAAAUGAUGUUGAUUGUUAUGGAAAUUUAAUAUAAGAGAAGUGAUUUUAAUUAGUUGUAAUGUUUGAAUAAGAAUUAUGUCGAAUAUAUUUUACAUAAUAUGUUAAUUAGAGAUAAGAAGUUGUAAACUACUCAUAAAGUGUUGUGUGUUAUAAAAGUCUUAACUUUA